UCUCUUCUGCAACAACCGAGAAUAGCGGAGAAAUUCACAGCGGUGGCCCCUAGUCCCGAGUGCAGUAUAAAUUAACUGGGAGUGAUUAUUUAUUUUUCGUUUGAUCUCGUACGAGUACAAGUAUGACUUUAAAAAAAGGCAACUAGGUGAUGUGAAAAAACAGGAGAAUUUAAAACGAUCAAAGUGUUAUUAUCAAGUUCAUGUUAAUUUUGCAAAUGGUCACUAUUAUGUUUUGAGACAAAAUCUGUGUGCAGCAUAGCAUAUUCGACAUUAAACUUUGCCGCUGAGUACAUUUGACGAGUGAAACGAUGGGGUCUAGACUCAGCAGGCGGGGCAGCCUGGACAAUGAAAUUAUAAUUUCAAAGAGGAGACGCAAGUGCGUGGAGAGCUGCGGGGAAGCCGCCGGCAGCGGAGGUUGUGUUGGUGGAGAUUUUGUCUUUACUUCCUUGAUACUCAAUUCCGACAAGCUGCCGGAGAUUCUGCGGAAGAGCCGCCCCAACCCGUACGUCCAGAGGGUGACUUGGGUCCGCGAAAUACAAAAGCUUCUGCGCGAACAUGAGGUGGAACGGGCGCGCGACGUGCUCAAAUUACUCAGAAAGGACCUGGGUCUGGAGGGCACCUCCCUGAACGAUGUCCUGCACAGGAAUGGCACCUCCCUCAACCUGGUGGACCCCAUUUCCCACCAGCUCCUGCUCUCCCUGGCCCGGGAUCUUCAGUGUCCCAGACUGGACCCGGAGCAACUCAAGAGCUCCAAUAAGAUCUGCAGGCAGCUGAUCUACCACCUGACCCCCCACUCCAAAUGGCUCCAGCAGGGCAAGGCUGGGCAGGGCGGGGCAGGGCAGGGGGCAUGGCAGGGGAUGCCCAAAAGGAAGCCUCAAGCCUGUGUGAAGACAGCGCUGCAGCAGAGGCCUCCAGGAGACACCCUGGACCUGUCCAGCCUCCCGCUGUCCAGCCAGGACCUCCAGCGCCUGGCGCACUAUCUCCAUGGUAACAGCGCGGGCGUGACGGCGCUGGACCUGAGUUUCACGGGCCUGCGGGACGAGCAGCUGGGGGCUCUCCUGCCCGCCCUGGCAGCCCUCCCCAGGCUGGCCGCCCUCGCCCUCAACGGCAACCGCCUGACCCGGGCCGGAGCGCGGCUCCUCACCGAGGCCCUGAAGGACCCCGGCCGCUGCCCCCGCCUGGCCUGGGUGGACCUGGGCAACAACGCCGACAUCUGCGCCCUGCCCCAGCCCCUCCUCCUCGCCCUGCGCCGACGCCUGGGGCCCCGCAGCGGCCUGCCCGCCAUCCAGGAGCGCCGCGCCGAGGAGGAGCAGGAGGAGGAGGUGCAAGCAGAGGAGGAGCUUUGGGACAGACUAGAGGUGGAGGAGGUUAGCUGUAGGGUGGAGGUGGUGGCCCAGCCCCUCAGCAUCACAGUCCCGUGCUGUGAGAGGUGAACCACCCCCCGCUCCCCCUAGUGAGACGUUACCCUACACCAGUGCCUCCAGGUCACUCUCUCUGGGCGGCCGGUAGCGUAGUGGUUAAGGUACAUGACCCGCAAGGUAGGUGGUUCGAAUCCCGGUGUAGCCCCCACAGUAAGAUCUGCACAGCCAUUGGACUCUUGAGCAAAGCCCUUAACCCUGCAUUGCUCCAGGGCAGGAUUGUCUCCUGCUUAGUUGAAUCAACUGUAUGUCGCUCUGGAUAAGAGCAUCUGCCAAAUGCCAUUAACGUAAUGUAAUGUAAUGGUGCAGGGAUGGGGAAAGGACCAGGCAAGGUUCACUGGAAUCGGAAGGCCGGAUUCAACAGCAGUGUUAACGAGGGAGAGCACGUGCCUAAACGCAUGGCACAGUUACGCAGUGUAAGAAGUGCAGCUAUGUGACUGUGAAAUAGAGUUUUGGUUUGGAGUGAGAACUCCGGUAACAUUGGGCCUCCUGUAAGCUCAUAACCACCAGGGCAUUAAAAAGUCAAAUUUGGGUAAUUUCUCCUGCCUAAAACCCACAGGAGAAAGGCCUGUAAUGUAGUCUGUAAUAUAGUUUCUGUGUGCAUGUGCUUGUGCGUGUGUGAGUGUGUGUGUGUGUGUGUGUGUGUGUGGCUUGCUGUAACCAUACAGAGAUCCAUCCUGCAUAUCAGACUGAGCAUUACGUUUUGUAAAAGGUAAUGUAUUAUAGAUCAUAUAGUGCAGGAGAUGGAGUAUCAGUGUAAGCAGGCCUUUUAUUUAUAAUGGAGUGAGUCUAGGCCUGGAGAUCCCCCCCCCCCCCCCCACCCCCACACUCCCCAUUAAUCCAUUAAAAAAAUCAAUCAGGACAGGAGCGGCACACAGCAAACAGAGCCAUACAACCACUACUGUGUACUGUACACAGUUUCCGCACACCUUCACAGCGUUUUAUUUUAGUCCUUUCCGUUGUUUAAAUGUUUGAAUGAACAGCAGUCAUGUGGAAUUUGAAGUAUGUUUCCAUGGCAACUGAGUGAGAGCAUCGUUUUUUGCAUUAAUGGACUGAGCAGAGGAGCGGAACGAUUGAUUGGCCGGAGGAGUGAAAGCCUUACCUUGCAGGUUUCUACUGCUUCUGCUGCAUGCUGGGAGAAACUGUUGUUAGGCAACAGAGUCUAACAAAGUCUUAACAUGCUGACAGUGUAAAACAGCGCUACUCAACUCCACGUCCUGCAGGCCGCAGUGUCUGCAGGCAUUCGCUUCAACCGUGUGCUACAGUAUCUGAUUUCA